AUAGGACUGUAAAUGUUGUGUCAUACACCGUCGCUGCAAUAGUAAGAAAACUUCAAAUUCUCAAAGCAAUCUUGAAAGGAAUUAAUUUGAGAAAAAUCAUCGUAAAGAAACUUGUCCAUGAAUCAAUUGAAGCGGCAAAUGAGCGUAGAGUUUCGGUUUUGCUGAACAGGAAAUGAAUCCAUGCGAAAUCCGGGAAUCCAGCUUUGAUGAAGCAAGACGACUCCAAGAAUUAGAGCGAGUAUUGAAAUCAGGUUGGUUGAUAAGAAAAAGUCAUUCUACUACGAAAGGCAAGCAUUUAUGGGGUGUACUUCGCAGAGACAAGUUGUCCUUUUACAAAGACGAAAAGGAGUAUAAAACGAAGCUUAUUUUUCCAACGCAAGACAUUUCGGCUGUAGCAUAUUAUAAAGAGAAAUCUCCAAAAUCUUUGUACCUGUAUUUAAACGAAAAAAUUAUACGAUUCGUUGCCCCUUCGAAUCUCGAAGCUGAAAGCUGGGUACAAGCCUUACGAACAACAACUGCUUACCGAGCUCCAUUUUCUCGACAUCCUUUACGCUUUGCUUUAAUUUCCUCCCCUCCUGCAACAACAAGCGAUCCGGAUGUACUUGUCUCUGACAACGAUCUUGGAAACUACUCUUCUUCUCGAACCAAUAAUCCCCAUGGUCCCUCUUCGACGGAAAAUGGUUUUCCGAGCUUUUAUUGUACCUCUUUGUAUGACUUGACACAAUUGGGAAAAUUGAAGCCUCAAGGCUUUUCAGAACAAGAAAUCAAGGAUCCAUUCCACACACUGAAUAAUAAUAACCUCCGAAAACACAAACAUUCUUCCUCGCUACAAAAUCUGUACAAGAUGCUUGAUGAAAACAAGGUUUUAAUGCAGGGACCCAUAUAUUGGCGUCACGGUAAUAUCCAUCGCUGGUCAAAAUGUUGGGCAGUAGUUCGCGGUAAUGGUAUGACGAUUUACAACUCGAACAUGGAGUAUAAGCCUGUAAAGCUUAUCCCUAUCACAGAAAUCCAAGACGUUGCUGAAAUUAAUAUAUUUGAGAAAUCCAGAAAGUACAUAUUUACUGUGAUUACUCUCAAUAAGCCAAUGGAAUUCCGAGUGGAUGAUGAAGAUACUUUAAUCCUUUGGGUGGCAGCUCUGAAAACAUCUCUUGACAGAACUACCGGAGUAUUUGGCUCUCAUUAAAGUCUGUUUUUUUUCCUUUACGGUUUACCCUUUUUUAUCUGGAGUAUAUAUGUAUAUACAUAUAUGUAAUAACUAAUCCUUGACGCAUUCUACCAUCUUCCAAUUUUUAUUCUCACUUCUUCAUUACAAUCGUUUUUAUUGCUACUUUAUGAACUGAAAAAGCCGGUGAUCCCUAUUAAUUUAUACUAAACCUUUUGGUGUAAGCCCCAAUCCGAAUGUUAACUAAGAUGUUUUAAUAUAAUGAAUUUUAAUGACAAAUAAUUUCAUAAUUAUCUCUUUCGAGGAUAAUCUUGCAGGUCCCAGUGUUAAUGAAAAGCUUGGGCUUUUAAGUAUGCCAAAGCCUUUAAAUCCUCUUCCUUAUUUAAUAUACUUUCACCUUCUGAAAUACUAUCGACUUCUAGACGUUCAAGUGGCUCCAAAUAUUGAUUGUUUUCAGUCAACUGGCAAAGCAAGGCAUCUAUAUUAUAUUCUUUACCAGGUGGAAUAGGUGUCGGAUUAGAUGGCGUCACACAGUCCAUCUUAACAUCCUUCCUUAAUACAUGAUCAACAUCAACCGAAGAGAAAAAUGCAACCGACUGAGGUAAUUCGUCAAUCCCUAAUCGAUGACAGAAGAAGGAUCUAGUCCACAAAUUGGCAACCUGUAAGGCGAGCGCAACACGGAAUCUGUCUCUAACUGAAGAGAAAUAGCGGACUUCAUCAUGAACCGUCAAGGAUAAACGAGCCUCCAAAUUGUACUUACGUGUCAAAUGCUCCAUAGAAACAACGAGUAAAUGCAAAUAAUCUACAGCUGAUGACUGGAUUGCCCAAUUUACCCUAGAAGUCAUGAAUGAACUUUUACUAAGGUUCUUUGUGCUUAAGGCUUGAGUAAUUCCUGCGUUCAGCACGGGCGUUCUGGGGAAAGGCAUUUGAGCCAUCGAUUCGAGUUUGUUAAAAACGAAGCUUUCACUUCCUUUUGACCAAAAAUAGUGUUCUGGUAUACCCAUAGCAAGCAAACGCUUACUCACUUCAGAGCGAACACCUUUGGUAGACUUAUAUAAGGCUUUAGCUAAGUUAGCCGCCUGGGUAUCGUCCAAUGAAGAAUUAAAUUGUUUUAAGAGUAAAGCUGUAUGUUUCAAUCCAGCACCAUACAGGCGACCAUAAUUAAAGAUUUUCGCAGCAUCUCUGCUCACACCUAAGAUUGCAGCAGUUUUUGAGUGUAGAUCUGUACCUUCGGAUUUCUUACCUUCCAAAGUCAUCCAACUAAGAGCAGUAGCACCAUGUAAUCUAAAUUGUGAGUCACCAAUAGCAGCCACGAUCCAAAGUUCUUCUGAAUCUACAUCAGCACCAACGAACGUAUAUCCUUCAGGAGCACGAACCAUAGCUUUAAGCUCUGAACCAAGUCUAUUUUUUUUGGCAUUAGAGGCCGUUAACCAAGUAUUCUCGACAGCACGCCUAGUAACAGUACCCAUGGGAAUAAUCCUUGGAAGAAUAAUCCCAAAGCCAUCGGGCUGAGACUUAAGUCCAAGAUCAGCAUCUUUUUCCCAAAUUACCAUUUGAGACUGAAUUCGAUCACGUGCACUACGCCAAUAAGAGCACGACGUACUCAUUUCUAAGGCUUUCUUCGCUAUUUCAAAUUUUGAGGUAAGAAUCCCUUCUUCAAAAUAACUUUGGUAUGUUUUAGAUAAAGGAGAACCGCACCUAGCUUCAGGGCCAUCUUUGUGUGGAACCUUAAAGUAUACAUAACUUUCAGCUUCCAACUUCGGGUCCUUUUGUGGGUCACAUAUGCAAUGGAAGAAUUUACGGCGCACAAAGUUGUCAAUAUGUUCUUGAGACUUCUUUUCCACUCCAAAAACCCAACCAUGAACGUGUGACCACACUAAAGGAUGUCCUUCCCACUGUAAACGCAAUAGUAUAGGUGCAAGACGAGACUUGUCAGAAACAACCGCUUUCUGUAAAUUUUUGUCGUAUACUACUUUGUACCAUUUUGGGACAACAGGAGGUAUAAUAGUUGAUUUAGCCGGCUUACGAUACAACUUACAAGGACUCCAAUCUAGUUGACGCAACCAUGGAUCUUUAGAAACAACGCUUUCAUCUUCCUGUAAAUUCUUUGUCUGUUCAGCAUAAUAAGAAAGUUUUUCUUGGACUGCAUUAGACAUGCUUUGGAAGCAAUCUUCAGUAUUUUUGAUAUAACGCUCCCAAGAUUUAUUUACUGGCAGAAAGCUAGUAGUCAUGAGAAGCAUAGCUGCAAAUGUUACUGGAUGUGGACAAACUUCAAGAAAUUGAGGAAAGACCUUCUGAUAGACUUUAUGUGUGGCAUGGACAUCAGAAGCACAAUAAGAGAUGGCCUCGUCCAAAUGCUGUAAAAUUACCCCUUUAUCAAGUUCAGAGAAUAUAUCACGCACGUCUUUAUUCAUUUCGAUAUUACAAUGAAACUUUGCUACGUCUUUGAGAGAAUUGACAGAGCUGUGUCUUAACCAAGGUUCCUGUUCAAUAUAAUCAUGAUAAUUAGACUCAAUCUGAGAAGAGUUUUCGUCCAAACCGUUAUCUUCAUUAAUCACACUUUGUCUGAAAGCUUUUCUAGCCUUAAGCCAAGUCGGUUUUUGUCGAGAACACAUUCCAUUUGUAGCUACGUGUAGCGACAUGGUAUCGAUGAAGGCAUUGUUGGACCGUUUCAAAUUGUAUUCCUGCAAAAUUCUUUGGCGGUCAAAACUGAUGUGAUGACCGACAAUGAGAUGUCCCUCUGGUCGUAGAGGAAUAAGGUGUCGAUCCUGCUCUGUUUCGCCUAACAGCCACGGCGACAGCCAGCAGUACCAUGCCUCGGGAGAUGCAGCAACGGCAAGGACAGCAAAAUCUGAAACUUUAUACAAAACUUCAACGUCAAAAACAAUCAUGGCUUCCUUAGGAUAAGGGACUUGUUCCACGGUAUCAUCGAAACCGUAUCUGGUCCAUCCAGAUUGAUGAAGCCAGUUUUUUGGGAUGGAAGGCAAAGAAGAAAGGCCAAAUGACUUUGCGUUUGUGAGAUAAGGUUCGGCACAUUCGUGACCGAUGGCUUCAAAGUGUUCCCCUAGGGUUUUCCCUUGUAAAGCAGGAAGACGAAAAUUAUAGGAUGGUAACUUUGUAGUCUCUCUACCUAAGAGAUCAUGCUUUUGCAGAUGAAGCUUUGCAAGCUCCACAUACAAAUCAGGUGGUUUAUGAGGUUUUCCAGGAAAUACCUGCGAUUGUAAGGCUGGUGAUAAGUACUGAAUCCCCACCGGAUUGAUUCGUAAUGCGCCAUCAUCCGUGAGCUUGUGCGUUGAAAAUGAGCGACUAUUUACACAGAAUCUAUGGCAAGCUAGCUUUGGUUGAACGACAAAAAGCCAUCGUGAGACAAGUUUACGGGCUGCGUAUCCUGGCAUGUACUAGAGCUUUCAAAGUUAAGAAUAUAGACAUCGAUUUUGGCGGCCAUACAUAUAUAGAUGGCUCACUGGGAAACAAGAAGCUAUUCCUGGGACUUGCUGUAAUAGUUGGGCUCAGCAAACAAGCCGUGGCAUACGACAGCCGAACGAUGAAAUGAGCCUAAAAACAAGUAUUGUUUAAAGUGCUGAAAAACAAUACAAAUGGUCAACAACUGUAGUGGUCGAUUUCUUCACUUUUCUUAUUGUUUAAUUAUUGGUUUGCAGUAGGAAUGGAAUUACGUGCACGGUCAAUUACGAUAUAUUUGAUACGGUAAUCAUUUUAGGAUUCACAAAUAAAUAAACAUAUGAAAGGACAGUUCUUCAUGAAAAAUUAUUAGAAGACUAAUGCACGC